CCCCAGCGCCGCCGGGACUCACGUCCGGUUCCGGGGCGGUGAGAGCAGCAGCGCCCACCGCGACCGGGACGGGGAGACCGGGACCGGCUUUGCUGGGGGCUCCGGGGUCUCUCUGGGGGUCCGUGAGGAGCAGGAGGGCCAUGGCGAAACACCUCCGGUUCGUGGGCCGCACGGUCAUGGUGCAGAACGGCAACGUGGAUGCAGCCUACAGCGCGCUCAACAGGAUCCUGUCUCACGACGGGCUGCUGGACACCGUGCGCCGGGGCCGCUACUACGAGAAGCCCUGCCGGCGGCGCCAGCGCUUAGCCUACGAAGCCUGCCGGCGCAUCUACAACAGCGAGAUGGGCCGGAAGAUCAACUUCCUGGCGCGCUGCACCCGCCCGGACCCUUGGCUGGGCUGCUAGGCGGGGAGGAAAGGCCCCCUCAAUAAAGGCCCCGAGCUCACUGGUGGC